UCUGGAGACCUCGGCGUUUGUAAGUCUACUAAGCUCAAAAUAUCUAACGAGCCGGCAGGCGGCCUUUUAGUCAACGAACUAAUGCAAACCAGCCGACCGGAGAUAUAUGCUGUUGGUGAUUGUGCCCGCGCUGACUGGCUCCAUUCUCCACACUGGUUUCAGAUGCGCCUUUGGACGCAGGCUAGACAAAUGGGCUUUCAGGUAUCCCAAUAA